GUGCACGGUCGAAAUGGAGGGUAGAUAAACGAUUCGCAAACAUGAUGGUUGAUCUUAAUCAGCCUCAUUAUUAGAUAUGAAGUGUUAGCCCAUUGGACAAUUUUCAAAAAAUUUUAUACUUUUUUUUAAGAAAUUCACUGGAGGCCAAUUUUAUCAAUGUGAUUAAUUCCGGGCAUUUUUUUUUUGUUUUACUCGUAAUUAAAAAAUAAACUUCAUUAAAUUAAUGCUAGGUACUUAAACUCGUAGUUAUCUCAAGGAAUGAAUCGGUGAUUUUUUUGAAGCAUUUGCUUGUAAGGUGUUCAUCUCUUUAACACACGUGUUUCAACAUUAUGGCAGAAGAAGAGAGAGCCCUGUACUGCGGAUAUCCAUCUAGAAAACCAAUUGCAAUUUCUCUCAUCAUAAUCAUAUUUUUAAAUGCCAUUUUGCUGAAUAAUGACGGUCCCAAGUUCCUAAAAGACCUAAUGAAUAAAAACGAAUUCAUGUAUACUUGGUAUUUUACUCUAGUUCAGCCUUUUCUAUCAUAUUUUGCGAUCUUGAUAAUUUCGAACAAAUCUGGUAGUACGCAAUCUUCUUCAAGAAAUAUAACCUUGUCUCAAAAAGAAGCCUUACUUUCCUGCAUUACCUGUGCGCAAAUACUCGAAAUCUUCGGCAGUACUGCACUCCUAAGUAAUAGUACAGAUGUUUCGAGAGGGAAUGCUGAUACAAUUUGGAUCGCAAUGUUAUUCUGUUAUUUCGGUCUCCAGACGUAUUCGAGCAUACUGAUGAUAAUUUUUGCAUUUGAAACAGCAUUACAACAAAAAUUGGAAGAUUAUAACAAUAGUGGUAAUGAUCAGCAAUUUGAUCUACGAGAUGUGGUUAUUUCAAGCUCACCAUCGGAUGGUUCUCCUCCUUCUUAUGAAGUAUGCUUGUUGGAAUCUGAGAAUGUGCAUAAAUUACGUUCGCAAACACCGCCUCCCAGUUAUACGGCUAUUUUCAACUUUCCAGCGGAUAAAAAUUAAGGGAGUGGGGUGGUUUUAAAGCUGCAUUGUGGUAUAGUGAGAAUAAAGUUGCCUAUCUUCAAGUAGGAAGGUACAAGUACAUGUUCAGCUCCUUCAGCAAUUCAUGUUGUUUGCUAUCUACAUAUUUCCUCGU